AUGCGAAAGUCUUCAGCUAUACACUACGUGCUCACCUCAGUAUACACCUUACAGAUCAGCGCUUCAAUCGCCCCACGUAAACACGUAUAUGCGGCAGUAUCCAUGACUGCCAACAUCUUCUGCCACGGUCGCACCUCUCUCUCUCCUUCUCUCCACCAGACACAAACACCACAAACUUCUGCUCUUUCACACACCGACUCUCCAUACUCCGCCGCAGCCGACAAGAAGGGCUGCGACCGGCAGCGCCCUUGCGAGCGGUGUGCAAAGCGCGGUCUCACCGCCGCCGAGUGCAUUGAGGCACCGGCGCCAUCAUCUGGGGCGCAGCCCACUACCAAGAAGCGCUCUGCUCCCUCGUCUGGCUCUCGUCCCGCCAGCAAGCGGUUGAAGAAGCAGACGAAGAAGAGUGCCAGUGCCCCGGAAGAUGACGAAGAAUCGGAGAAGAAUGAGGAGGCAGAAGUGGAAGUGGAGGGAGGCGAGGAGACUGAUGUGGGCGACGAUCAGCCCGAAGACCAAUUAGUCUGGCGGGAGGGAGAUGAGGGGUUGGCUUACGACACCGAGGUGUCUGUGAACGAGGGAGAGGAGGGAGAGGAGGGAGAGGAGGGAAGCGCUGGUCUCGAGUCGGCCACUGAUGUCGUCCCAGAGCAGGCCGCGGGCGGAGAUGAGGGUAACGACACACCCUACUAUCCCACUCCUACGUACAGCUCCCUGGCGAACCGAGGCAUCAGGAUCCCGGUGAAGACGAGGGAGAAUGUGGCGAGCCUCCCAGACAAGCAGGAAGAAUAG